CAAUAAAAGCAACUUUAUUUUAAGUGAACGUAAAUGAACUCAUAACUUAAGUGUUAAUAUUGGUAUCUAGUGUAGCGAGAGCUAUAAUUACUGCAGUAUUUAGUGCGUACUUUAAUUUGUGAAACAUGUCGCGUGAUCCUCGCGAGUCUCGCGACCCUAGGAAGGGUUAUUACAACCGGGAUUGGGAUAGAGAUCGUGAUCCGCGAGAUCGAAACCGUGAUCGGGAAUACCGGCAUCCAAUUCCGAAGCGAAGCCGCAGCCCUCUGAGGGACGAGAAGCGGCGUAGCCGCUCCCCAAGAAUUAAACUCGACAAGGACCUAGAUGAGAACAUUUUGAGUGAGAUCGCCAAGCUGCCUGAACCGAGUGAAUUGUGGGAGGCGAAUCAGUUUCCAGACCCUGGCUUUGCGCCCCCGCCGCCGUCCUUCCAACAAUCGGAGUCAAAUCCUUCAUUCAGCAACUACCCACCACCUUCUUAUUCUGGCAUCUACGACGACUUCCCUCCCGUUGCUACGGUGCCUCCGACCCCGCACCCACCGGAGAUUGGCAACUGGAACCAGCUGUCACUGCCACCACCACCAACAGCACUUCCACAAUUUAAUGUAGAAGAUCAGAUCAAGAAAGAAGCGGCGAUUGAGUCGGAAAUGCGCCACCAGAAGGCAGCACUGUCCAAGCAGCGCGAGGAGUACAUGAAAAAGGCGGGAAUUUUGAAAAAGGAACUCGAAACGCUUAAAGACCAACGCAACGAGCUCCGUGGCGACCCGAAGCGAUCGCCCUCGCCGGACACUAAACGGUUUUUAAAAGAGAAUACCAAACUACAGUUGGAGAUUCAGAACAAACUGAAGACCAUCAACAACGUGGUGGACAUGCUGAACGGCAUAAUCGGAGAGGAAGCGGAAGCGGCCCUGGACUCCGGAGACUCGAGCCCCGACCAGAAGACUAAGAGGAAAUCCAGGUCGCCAACGAACAAGAAGUUCAACUAUGUGUACUACGACCCGGAGAUGCAUUGGUGUCGCGUGUGCAACGAGUUCCCACCCACGGCCAAGGAUUACUUGAACCAUCUACACUCGCCGGCUCAUCAGAAAAUGGCGGCCGCACACAUGGAAGCACCGUGGCACAGCGUGACGACGGCCAACGAGGGGUUCCCAAGCUUUCCCUCGGCACCCACCAAGCGGACCCCUAUCAGAGGUUUACAAUUCUUCGUACCGUCGACGGCGUGGUACUGCAAGCUGUGCGAUCAAUUCAUUGGGGACCUGCACUGCGCUUCUGCGCAUCUCAAGUCUAUCGUGCAUUCCAAAAACUAUACCAACUUCGUCGAGCAGAACCCACACUGGGAGACCGACUGGAUGUCGGACCGUCAGAAGGCGUUCGAAAAGGCCCGCGGCUCCAAGGUGAAGGAAGACCCCGCCAAGGCCGCGCAGCUAGCGGCAGCGGCAGCCGCGAGCAGAUACGCCGCGCACACCAUCACAUUCAACAAAGACGGUUUCCACACAAAACGCAAGGACAGCCCGCAGCCGCCGCCCGAAGUCAAAGAAGAGAAGCAGAAGAAGAAAAGGAAAGAAAAGAAGAAAAGCAAAAAGAAGAAAGGCAAGAGCUCCAGCAGCAGCUCGUCCAGCUCCUCCAGCAGCUCGGAGAGCGACUCUGCGGCCAACAAGAAGAAAAAGAAGUGGCUGGCGAACGCAGAGGCGCGAUUGAACGAGAGCGACCGGCAGCUUCUGGACUCACUGAAGAGCCGAAUGACCAGGAACCGGGACGCGCCCGUCCGGAACACGAGGGACUCCAGGGACCCCAGAGACAGCAGGGACAGAGGCGCUUCUAGAAAGAGAUUCAACGAGAGCGACCGGCAGCUUCUGGACUCGCUGAAGAGCCGAAUGACCAGGAACCGUGACGCGCCCGUCCGGAACACGAGGGACUCCAGGGACCCCAGAGACAGCAGGGACAGAGGCGCUUCUAGAAAGAGAUUCAACGAGAGCGACCGGCAGCUUCUGGACUCGCUGAAGAGCCGAAUGACCAGGAACCGUGACGCGCCCGUCCGGAACACGAGGGACUCCAGGGACCCCAGAGACAGCAGGGACAGAGGCGCUUCUAGAAAGAGUUUUAUUAUGAAAUUCAACGAGAGCGACCGGCAGCUUCUGAACUCACUGAAGAGCCGAAUGACCAGGAACCGUGACGCGCCCGUCCGGAACACGAGGGACUCCAGGGACCCCAGAGACAGCAGGGACAGAGGCGCUUCUAGAAAGAGAGAGCCGGAGCGGCGUCCGUCCCGGUCACGCUCGUCGCGGGAGCGCGGGGAGUCCCGCGGCCGGGAGCGCGGGGAGUCCCGGGGCCGGGAGCGCCGCUCCGGGUCCCGGGGGCGCAGCCCCGCCAGGAAACCAGAGAUCAGGAAGAUGCCCUUCAUCGGUAAAAUGCCCGUGUACAAAAACCUAAGCAAAGCUACUAAAACUGAGGAACAGAAGAAAGAAGAGGUAAAAAAGAAGGAAGAAGAGGAAGCCACCAAGAAGAGAAGAGACGAAAUGGACGCAGAAAUACAAAAGAAGGUGGCGGAGUUCAAGGAGAAGAUAGCCCGCGCGCAGAUCCAGCAGGAGCUGGGCCCGCCGGCCGUGGCGCUGCCCACCUCGCUCGGCGCGCCCGUCGCCUUCCUCCCCGCGCCGCCCGCGCCCGCUCCGGCUCCAGCACCGCAGCCUGCCAUCCAGCAGGAGCUGGGCCCGCCGGCCGUGGCGCUGCCCACCUCGCUCGGCGCGCCCGUCGCCUUCCUCCCCGCGCCGCCCGCGCCCGCUCCGGCUCCAGCACCGCAGCCUGCCGCCCUGCUGCCUUACAGAACGCCGCCACCUCCGACGCCUAGCAACCUCUCCAAAGACUUCCAGGACGCUCUCGACAUCAUCUUCCCCUCCGAAGUGAAGAAACAAGCUGACGCACUCCAAGCCCAACAGGAACUCUUCGCCGCCGCCAUGCCCUUCGGCCCCCUAGGCGGCGUCAUGCCCCCCUUCCCCCCCCUAGGCCUCAUGCCCCCGCAGAUGCCCCCCGGCAUGAUGAUGGGCUUCGAAAUGAACCCUCCCCCCCUCAACCCUAACCUUUUUCCUCCUCGACCGCAGCUGUACGACAACCAUGUUCCCCUAGUACCCAGCCCGAAACCGCGACAGCAGAAUAAGAGACCUAUGAAUAAGCAUAAUAACAAACCUAAUAAUCAGAAUAAUCAGAAUCAAAAUAAGCCUCAGAAUCAGACCCAACAGAAGAAUCAGCAGAGCCAGAAGCCGGCAGAGAAGCCGAAAGAGGAAAAUGGAAGCGUGGCCAGGAAGAAAGAAGAAUUGGAUGACUUGGCCAUGUUAGGCAUCGAUGCUGGCGACGUCGCUGGGAUGUAGAGGAAAAUCAAUUUUACAAAUAUGUUUACACAUC